AUGGCAGCGCUCCUACAGACUGAGCUAACACGAUCAGUCUACCCCAACCAAUACACGUACUUCAUAGGUGGGAUUCGAACCUACGUCAACGGAUCAAGAGAUAUUUUCUACUGGUCACCUUACCCUGGGGUUUUCAGACCCUUGGAAUCAAACGCGUGGGUGCCUGGCGAACGAAAGUCUGCUGUGGACGAAAGGGACUUUUGUGUGCUUGGACAGUUAAGCGCUCGUAAGAAGUUUCGCGGACUGGACAAUGUGCCGUGUUCGGCUGCUCAGUGCCUGCUUUGUGAAUUUGAUAUGAUCAACUGA